AUGCCGUUCGACAUACUGCUACGCUACGGUGGAACUGCAGACGCUAAAGGAAAUAUGGUUCAUAGACGUGAGACGGUGGAAAUUGCUUGUGAUUUUCAACACGAAGACAUUGUCUGGGUGGAGGAGAAUGGUGAACGUAUGGUUGGAAGAGUUGUUGAUUUACGCAUGAGGGUACUUUUACCUGAUUUACCCAUAGACGAUAUGUUCAGUGCAAAGCCAAAGAAUUAUCAGCAGUAUGUUUUGGUGGUGUUUUUUGAUAAUGCGAGUACCUGGUAA